AUGUGCGAGGAAUUCGACAAAGAAUACGAGGAGUUGCGAAAAAUCGCAAAAACCACCGAAAAUUCGCUGAAAAUCAUGCGAAAAUGCCGGAAACUUUGCGCAAUUUCGCUGGACAUCGCUGUCGAGAAGUCGCUGCUUUCGCGGUUUUGGCAAGCGGCCAGAAAGUUGUUGGAGGCGAUUGGCAAGAGUGUGGAGAGGAUUGCGCAGGAGAAUGUGCAGAAUUUGAUUGUCGGCGAGCUCGUGGCACUUUCGCUGAAGGUUCAUAGGAUUUACGAGGUUCCCGAUUACGGCCUGCCUGAUUUCCUGACAGUUUCGAUGAUUGUAAACCCGGCAAAACGACGGAUUUUGGAGAAAAAAUGGAAAUUUCGCAUUUUUUGCGGAUUUUUGAUGUUGAGAUUGGGCGAUUUGAUGAGAUACAAAGGAUUUUUGAUGAAAUCGCGAGAAUUUUAUGAAAUUUCGCUGAAAAUCAAUCAUACUGAGAGGGAAACUUGGAAUCAGUUGGGAGUUGUGCAUUUUAAAAGGUGCGUUGGGGGAUUUUUGCGGGGUUUUGGGGGAAAACUUGGAGUUUUCAUUGAAACAUCUUGAAAAAUGCACAACUUCAGCGAAUUUUCAUUUGAAAACUCUGAAAGUAUCAAUUUUGUAUUAAAAUUUUCAUGAAAAAUCUUGAAAAACUCACAACUUCAGUGAAUUUUCAUUCGAAAAAGCUGAAAAAUCGAAUUUUCUGCAAUUUUUCAUUGAAAUAACUCUGAAAACCUCUUAAAAUAUUAAUUUUAGUCAGAAUUUCAUGAGAAAUCGUGAAAAAUCGAAUUUUCUGCAAUUUUUCAUUUGAAAAUCUCCGAAAACCUCUGAAAACAUCAAUUUCAGCCAGAAUUUCAUUAAAAAUCUUGAAAAAUGCACAAAUUCAGGCAAUUUUGCUUCGAAAACUCUGAAAAAUCGGAUUUUCUGCCUUUUUUCAUUCAAGUUACUCUGAAAACUUCGGAAAAUAUUAAUUUCAGUCAGAAUUUCUUGAAAAUAUUGAAUUUUUUAUUGAAAAUCUUCAAAAAAUGCACAAUUUCAACAAAUUUUCAUUCGAAAAACCUGAAAAUCAGAUUUUCUGCUAUUUUUCAUUAGAAAAUCUCCGAAACCUUCCAAAAAUAUCAAUUUUAGUCAGAAUUUCAUGAAAAUAUUGAAUUUUUCAUUCGAAAAACCUGAAAAAUAUCAAUUUUAGCAAGAAUUCCAUAAAAAAUCCGAUUUUUCGCACGAAAAAUCAUGAAAAAUGCACAAUUUCAGCCAAAAAAAAACAAUUCCAGCGCGAAUUUCCUUCGCUCCAUCUACUUCCACACUCGCUCACUUCACUCAUCAUCUUCUCAACAAUAUCAUGCGGCAGCCGCGAAUUUGGACGCGAUUUUCAAAAAAUUCGCGAAUCGCGCCGCCCACAAUUCUUCGCAAAAACACGACGAACUCGUCGUGAUUUACCUGGCUAAAAUUCAUUUUGUAAGGUUUUUUUGAAUUGCCACGUGGCAUUCAUAAAUUCCAAUUUUUGCAGCUCCUCGACAUCGACGACGCUGAAAAUGUGCUGAAAGCACUGCAACCCUCAAAAGAGCUCAUCUGCUCACUGAUGUCGGUUUAUGAGCAUUUAGGUGAGCCCCGUGGCCACGCCCACAAAACCGUGCCGCAAAAAUCCAACAGAAUUUUUUUUUGCAGAACCCGGAACGCCGCUCGAAAAUCGCGCGAUUCGCCACGUGGAAAUCAUCUGGACAGCGUUGUUCAACAAAUUAUUGAUUGAUUUGUCUGAAAAUCGCGCGGCUGCUGAAAAUCAGCUUCACCUUCUUGCUCUUCUCCUUCGCGCACCUGAAUUUUGUGUAGUUCUCGAGGAAAAUCCCGGCAAAAUUGCCUGCGAUUCCACGGCGAAAAUCGAGGAUUUGGAGCGAUUUGACGCUUUUCAAUGUUUAAAGGAGCAUGGGUUACGGUAUCCGAUUACUGUAGAUCAAAUUUUGUCGAAAAUUCGAGGGGAUCAGAGUUACGGUAAGUUGUUUUUUGAAUACGGCAUGGUUUUGUGGGCGUGGCCCAGUUUUUCCUAUGAAAAAUGAUGGAUUUUUAGCUGUGGCAUGGUUUCAGGGGCGUGGCUUAGUGAAAAAUGAUGAAAAAACUAAGCCACGCCCCUAAAACCAUGCCGCAGCUAGAAAUCCCUAAUUUUUCAUAGGAAAACCUAAGCCACGCCCCCAAAACUAUGCCGCAGCUAGAAAUCCCUAAUUUUUCAUAGGAAAACCUAAGCCACGCCCCUAAAACCAUGCCGCAGCUAGAAAUUCAUUAUUUUUCAUAGGAAAACCUAAGCCACGCCCACAAAACCAUGCCGCAGCUGAGAAAACCCCCCAAACCCAAUUUCCUCUCGCAUUUUUUUCCAAAAGGCCUAAAAAUCCCCGUGGGAUUUCGGUGGAAAAUUUGCGAAGCACUUGAGAAAAACUCAUUUUUCGCUGGUUUUUUUUUCGCGCGAAAAAAAUAAAUAAAACAUUUUCUUUUUGAAAAGUAUCGAAUUUCGCGCGGUUUUUUGAAAAAUUUUGAAAUUUCGGUACUUUUUAGCGCGAAAAUUUGAAUUUUUUAUUAGAAAAUUGACACGUGGAUUUUUCGGCUAAAAUUUUUCGAAAAUUUGAAAUUUCGCUACUUUAUAGCGCGAAAAUUUGAAAAUCUGAAUUUUUUAUUUAAAAAAAGUGACACGUGGAUUUUUCGGUUCAAAUUUUUCGAAAAUUUGAAAUUUCGGUAUUUUCUAGGCCCUUUUUCAGCGCGAAAAUUUGAAAAUUUGAAUUUUAAAUUCCAAAAAAAAUUAACACGUGGAUUUUUCGGCUCAAAUUUUUCAAAAAUCUGAAAUUUCAGUAUUUUCUAGGCUCCAGAAUCUGAAAAUUCAAAAAAAAAUUCUGCCACGUGGAUUUUUUUCCGCCAAAAAUUAUGUGUUCAUCUCAUUUUUCAAUGCACAUACACAUAUUUUUCAUGUGCUUUUUUUCUUUCAUUUUUUUUUCGUCUCGUCGUCUCACCACACUCUCCACAUUUCCAAUACUCUCUCGUCGCUUUUUUGUGUGUGCCUCCUAACUGCUUGCUCCCCUUUUCCCCCUGAAAUCGAUGGGCACCGAGUAAUUUUGCAUUUUUUUUGAAAAGCGCCAUUUUUUUGCGUUUGUUUAAUCAAGAAAUGAGAAAAGUUUUGUGGUGGUUUUGAUGAAAAUUUGCGCAUUUUUUCCAAUUUUGAAGCUGAAAAUUCGAGAAUUUUGCAAAAAUUUUUGAGCAAAUUUUAUCUCUGAAGCUUUAAAACUAGAAAUUUCAAGUGAAGAUUAGGUUUGUAAGCAUUUUUUUUUUUCAGGCUGAAAUUAUGAUUUUUGAGCAUAUUUGAGCUCGAAAAAUCGAAUUUUUAGGUUCAAGAGCUCUGGAGCAUUUCCGGUCAAAAUUUAUUUUUUCGAAAAUUUUUGAAAAUCUCAGUUUAGCGCUGAAAAAUCCACGUGUCACAUUUUUUGUUUAUGGGGCUAUUCAUGUUAUUUUUCAACGCUGAGAAAACGGGAGAAAAGCGGAGAAAACCUAUUCAGGUAGGCUGAGAAAAUACGAAAAAAGCGGAGAAAAUGUAUUUCCUCCGCAUUUCUCCUGUUUUCUCAACAUGCUGAGAAAAUACAUGAAUAGCCCCAUUAAAUUUUUGAAUUUGAAAAUUAUAGCCUAGAAAAUUCUGAAAUUUCCUAAUUUUCAAAAAAAAAUUCCUCGUUUCAAUUUUCUGUUUUAAUUUUUGAAAUUUCUGAAAUUUUGAAGCCGAAAAUUGUAGAGUUUCGAAUUUUAGCGCUAAAAAAUCCACGUGACACAUUUUCUUUUGAAAAUUUUUUGAAAGUUUCGAAAUUUUGAACCCAAAAAAGCUUAGAAAAUAUUGAAAUGUCCUAAUUUUUCAAAAAAAAAAAAUCCAAGUGUCACAUUUUUUUGAAUUUCUAAAUUUAAUAGGGUGAUUCAGGUCAAAAAAAAACUAAAAAAAACGUUUUUUUUACAAAAAAUUUCGAUUCAGCAAAUGUCAAAAAACUAUAUUUUUUUCCUAUUUUUCGACAUUGUUUGACAUUUUUUUUCAUUGCAACAUUUUCGCUGCGAGAUAUCUUUCAUUUUUGUGUGGAAAAAAAUAGGGUUUUUUGACAUUUGCUGAAUCGAAUUUUUUUGUAAAAAAACGUUUUUUUUUUUAGUUUUUUUCUCGACCUGAAUCGCCCCAUAAAAAUUUCCCGUCAAAAAAUUCCCAUUGCUCAGGUUAGUUAGAUUUUCCAAGAAAAAAAAAACAAUGUUUUUUUGACACUAGAAAUUUAGAAUUGCUCAUGUUAAAAAUGUUCUCAUUAGGAUAGCUCAUGUUAAAUUCACAAGGGAACUGUUUUAGCUUUCACUCUAUAUUUUUAAUAAAAUGUAUGUUUUCCAGUGGUUUUUUACCCGCUAAUCACGAUUCCGUCGUCUAAAAUUGCAGAACUCAACUUCUAACAUGAGUUAUGACGUGGCAAAGUUCAAAAGUUGGGACUUUGAAGGGUCAGAAUUCAUGAAAAUCAUUUCGAAGGGGAAUUCUGAUCCUCCAAAGUCCCUUUUUUGAAAUUUUCGAAUUUUGCCACGUCAUAACUCAUGUUAGGAAUUGAGUUCUGAGUUCAUUUUCGCGCGAUUCGCUCGCGUCGCGUCGCCGCCGCGCGUCUAAUUUCCGCCGCGCCCCCACCUUCCCGUACCCCCUAAUUUGCCCUUUUGUUGUCACUUUUAUUUUUUUUUAUUUAUCUCUUUUUUUCUUGGUUUCCACUGGCAACGUAUAGAAAUUAUUACUUUUUUUCGGUUGAAAAAUGAAUUGAAAAUAUAUAUUUUUUGAGAUGAGCAAUCCUGAAAAAUAGGAUUUUUUCAAUAAUCAAAAAUUGAUCAUCUUUUUCCAAAAAAAACACGUGGGCUUUUUUUCAAGGGUUUUUGAGAGUUUAACAUGAGCAAUCUAUGAAAUUUUGAUGAAAACUGAAAUUUUAAAGGUUUUUGAGAGUUUAACAUGAGCAAUCUAUAAAUUUUUGAUGAAAACUGAAAUUUUAAAGGUUCUUGGGAGUUUAAUAUGAGCAAUACCUAAAUUUUAGUUGAAAACUUAGCUUUUUCAGGGUUUUUGAGAGUUUAACAUAAGCAAUGCCUAGAUUUUGAUUGAAAAAUGAGAUUUUUAAGGGUUUUUGAGAGUUUAAUAUGAGCAAUCUAUGAAUUUUUCGCUCAAAAAUUCCUCUUAUUAUUUUUUUUUCCAAUUUUCUUAAUGCAUUAUUUUUUUCAGACCAAGAAGACGAAGAGGAACAAUCUUCAGAAAUCGAUUCAGAAGCUUCGUAUUCGAAUUCGAAUUCUGGAUCUUCUUCAGAUUCAGAUUCUGAAUCUAAAUCUCAGGAUGAAGAUUCAGAUGAGGAGAUUUUGCGAGCCGGAGCUCGUCGAAAACACGUGGAAAAUUCGGAUGUAGAAAACGAGGAUUUUUGA